GGGGGCGGGCGGUACGUCAGGGCCCGGCACUGCCCGGCUCCUCCGGCGGAGCUGCUGCUGGCGGCCGGGCGGCGCCCCUCCCGCCGGCCUGGAGAGCUGCCAUCCGGUCCCCUCGCUCUGCAGGCUCACAGCUGAAAGGAUGGAGAACUCGUCAGUGGCCUCGGCCUCCUCGGAGGCGGGCAGCAGCCGCUCGCAGGAGAUCGAGGAGCUGGAGCGCUUCAUCGACAGCUACGUGCUGGAGUACCAGGUGCAGGGGCUGCUCAGCGACAAGACUGAGGGCGACGGCGAGAGCGAGAAGACGCAGUCCAACAUCUCUCAGUGGACGGCGGAUUGCAGUGAGCAGCUCGAUGGCAGCUGCUCCCCAUCCAGAGGGAAGGGCUCGUCGUCCCACCAGCACAAGCAGGAAGAUGGGGAUCACAGCAGCGGCGGGAGCGCAGGAUCGCGGCCGGGGUCAGGCUCCAGGUGUGGCUCUGGAUCGAGGUCUGGGAGGAGCAGCCAGUUGAGGCGCACCACCAAGAAUGGCAACAAGGAGGGCUCCCUUGACAUGCUGGGCACUGACAUCUGGGCUGCCAACACCUUUGAUUCCUUCAGUGGUGCGACGUGGGACCUGCAGCCUGAAAAACUAGAUUUCAGCCAAUUCCACAGGAAGCUCCGGAACACCUCCAAACACCCACUGCCCCACAUCGACAGGGAAGGGCUUGGAAAAGGGAAAUAUGAGGAUGGUGACAGCAUCAAUCUGAACGACAUCGAGAAGGUCCUCCCAGCGUGGCAGGUCUCGUGGGUUGCUCCUGGCCCAGCUCUUUGGGCACACCUUAGCACCAUGCCCUUCGUGGAUGGAGAACGAGCAUCCUCCAGUGCGACUCUGCUACAAAGGUUCUGCUCUGCUGGGUGUUCUGCAGCAGCUCCAGCAAUGAGAGCACCAGACUGCAGAGAGGCAGGGAGUCUUACAGGCUGCUUUGGAAAUUCUGUGUCAUGCACAGCAUGAAAUUAGGGCUAAUUUCCAGAACACACUCAACCUCAUAUCUCUAUCUUUACUCCUAUUUUCACUGACCCGCUUGAUGGGUGGGGCAGAAUACUCUGGAUAUGGGGGCAUUGAUCCAUAGAGCUGAGUUUUGGUGGUAGAACCUAUCAGCAGUAUUUCAACAGCAAGCUGCAAGGCACACCCGUGUCUUUUUGGUGAGAAAAGAAAUAUGGAACAAAAAGAAUCAGGGAAAGAAAAAAAAAAAAUAGAAAGCAAUAGGAAAAACUAACCGUCCUCCAAAUGCUCUUUCCGCCACCGAGCGAGAAAUGCUCGUCAGCCUUUUGUUUCGGCGCUGCAGAAGGUGUUCCGCUGCUCGGAGCUGCUCUGCCAUCUGGUGGGAGCUGCAGGCAGAGCCCUCCUGCUCGCUCCUCUUUGUCUCCCCUGGCUCGUAGGAUCUGCAGUUGGAUUUGGACGCUCGUUUGCCUAAGCGCUGCCAAAAAGUGGAAGAAGAUGUGAAGAUGAGUGUUCUGCAGUCAGAAGGGCUUUCAGACAUGGCUGUGUGUGCUGGGGGCACGUACAGCCUGCAGCCCUUGGCCACGUGGGCAGGUAGUGGCAGGGCAAGGGGAAUUAAUGUGGAAGACAGUGUUGGCAUCCUUUGGUUUGACAUCUUUAUUGCCUUGCGGCUCACUGCCCUGCACACCGAGCGCUGUGUUCGCUGCUGGGCCUCUCAUCACAAGAAAGACAUCAGGGCCCUGAAGCGUGCCCAGAGAGGGGCAGUGGAGCUGUGGAGGAUCUGGUGGACAGGUCUUAUGGGAAGCAGCUGAGGGAACUGGGAUGGUUCUGUCUGGAGAAGAGGAGCUCAGGGGAGUGACCUCGUCGCUUCCUGCAGCUCCUGAAAGCAAGGAGCGAAGUGGGGGUCAGCCUCUGCUCCUAAAUCACAGCAGUAGGACAAGUGGUGGUGACCUCGUGUUGCACCAGGGGGGUUCAGGUUGGACUUUGGGAGCAGUGAUGCAGUGGCGCAGCUGCCCAGGGAGUGGUGGAGUCUGUGUCCCCAGGGGUGUUCCAGAACCA